AUGAUAACCUGCUACUCUUUCUUGGAAGGACUGCAGGGGGACCCAGCUGCAUAUUUUAUGGUCAACGCUGAGCACGAUCGAGGGCAGGGUGCCACCAGUUGCUUGCCAUUGAAUAAGCAACAGCAGAGUCCCCAUGGAGGAGAACCUGACUUCUUUGUGAGGGAUGGUCUUUCAAGCAACAGCUCCUUCCACAGCAGUGAAGGAGAAGGGACAGACCAUGAGGGAGAUAUCUUGGAUUGUAGUGGAUCCAGACCUCUGCUGAUGGACUCUGAAGAGGAAGAGGAGGCUUGUAAAAUGAACCCCCAACAUCAGGAAAGGGGAAGCGUUUCCCAAAAGGACUUGAACCUACAACCAGCACAGAAUGUACCUGGGCAGGUCCUAUUCAACACUUUUCCACAACAACCUGGGGAAAUGUCCGAAGAGAGAGAUGUUUUUGCCACGGCCCCUUUCCGAAGCUCUAAAACCCACUGUGAUGACUUGGACAUUUUCACUAAAGCACCGUUUCUCUCCAAAAACCAAGUGUGUUCUAAGCAACUGGAUGAAGGUGAUGUAUUCCUUAAAGCUCCGUUCACAAAAAAGAAAAGCCAAGAAGAGCUGCCAUCUCACAACGUUGUUAAGGAACCUCCUACCACCGUAGCAUUUACAGGCUCAGCUGGAGCCGCUCAGUACACCCGUGCCCCUGCGUUCCAGAACCUGGAUGUGGGAACACACGGCUCCCUUCCUCAAGGUCAGUAUUCCGGGGCCUCAUUUGCUCAGCCCUCCAGUGCUGCCCCUCGCUCUGCAAGAGCAAGUGAAGGUCCAGAUGCCCACCCUCCCAAAGGCGCAUCAGGAGAACUUGGCACCAUUCCCAAUGAUACACUCCAAAGACACGUGCUCCUCCAGGAAGGCCACUUGGGAUCAAAGACCAGCCCGCCCUUCCAUCCGCAGUCCUUAACAAAAUACUCCCGACACUACAGUCCGGAAGGCAGGCAGGGGGCCAGCGCCCAACCCAUAGCAGCUUACAAAGUAGUAUCUCAGACCAACAAGCAGGUGAUAGCUGGGUCUGUUUCUAUUGCCUCUCUUUCUUCCAGGACUAAAGAACUGCCCACUAGUGACCCAUUUACAUCUGCACCCUUUCCUCCCAAACUGGGGAAGCAGAAGCCCUAA